CUGAGAUCCUCCCAAGGCAGGUGCCAAUAUAUAAGCAACACUUGCCCGCUUCCAAGACACCUCACUAAAAGCCCCCAAUCAGAGGACCUAAGACCAACAACCACUACGAUAGCGUUUCACAGUAGCAAAUCGCAGCUAUCACAAAUCUAUGAUGAACUCGUUCAAUAAAGUUCUAUCUCUUGAUGCCCUCCCACACUCUCACUUUCGGACCACAGAUACACCACUACGUUGCAAAACAGCUGUAGAAGCCCUCGCCAUGAAAUCUCGUCUUGAGCUCGAGGCCGAAGAGAAGGGUUUCGCCGAUGUAGAGGCAUAUCUAGCCGCGAAGGAGCCUUGCAAUCUCGCCACGCUCGACCUGCUUGGCUACACCACGACACUCCGCGGCAAGCAGCUCGACACCGCGGCCAGUCUCUUGUCGUACAACGUCGACAAUGACCCAUCGGUGCUCGAAACUAAUGAGAUGCUGACCUUUCGUCCCUUGUGGUUUAUGUUCUACGGCAUCCUCAGAGACAAGGACAUCUUGACAGGCGUGACUGGGGUGCCAGGACCACACGCAUUUCGCGAGGCUCGUGUUGAAGGUGUCGCGGUCGUCCAUCAGCAGGGCGUCGUACCUACCGCUGAUUUCAGGGAAGGGGGCGUUGUUAAGGGUUUGGUUUGGAAGUGUCCUACUCCUCGUGCGCUUGGGGCACUAUUGGAAUUAGAGGGUGGUUACAAGCUGGCCAGGGUCAAGAUCCUAAUAGAUGGGGGAGAGGUUUUAGAGGAUGGCAGGAUGUUCGUGGCUGGUGAUAGGAGUGAUGGAGACGUUCUAGAAAAUGACACGAUAUUCGUGGCUGAUGACAUGUGUAUUCUCUACAAUACUAGACAAAAAGAUAUUCACACUGUCCAUAUUCUUGUCUCUCCUCUGGUGUUCAUCCGGGAAAGGGUAGCACUACAUCGCUUUAAUGGUGAGCUAGAACACCUCUUCGUUGGGAACGAGAUGUCUUCUGAACUCUACUAUUACUCGAUUCAGGUUGUCUCCCCAUUUCACGUAGCCAAAAUUUACUUCCCAAACGCUUCAGAACUAUAUGGAAGUCCUUCGCGACGCAAGACGCUACACCAGUCGCUGAAAUACUUCUUCGUCUAG